AUGAGAAAUCAAACAUCUGUGAACGAAUUCAUUCUUCUUGGGUUAACAGAUGACCCAAAGCUAAAUGUUUUAAUUUUCCUAUUUCUAUUUCUCACUUAUAUACUGAGUAUAACCGGAAACCUGACCAUUAUUACGCUCACUCUGAUAGAUCCACAUCUCAAAACACCCAUGUAUUUCUUCCUUAGGAAUUUUUCUUUCCUGGAAAUCUCUUUCACAACCGUUUCUAUUCCUAGAUUUCUGGUCAGCAUUGUAACAGGGGAUAUGACCAUUUCCUAUAAUUCUUGCAUGGCCCAGGUGUUUUUCUUCAUACUCCUUGGUUCAACAGAGUUUUUCCUUUUGGCUGCCAUGUCCUACGAUCGUUAUGUAGCUAUCUGUAAGCCACUGCAUUACACGACAAUAAUGAACAACAGAAUCUGUAUGCAGCUUGUAAUUAGCUCUUGGCUGGCUGGGUUUCUCAUUAUCUUUCCACCUGUGAUCAUGGGACUUCAACUGGAUUUCUGCGAUUCCAACAUCAUUGACCACUUCACCUGCGACUCCUCUCCUAUGCUGCUGAUCUCCUGCACUGACACAGCUUUCCUAGAGCUCAUGGGAUUCUUCCUGGCAAUUUUUACUCUCAUGGUAACCUUGACAUUAGUCAUUCUUUCCUACGUAUUCAUCCUGAAGACGAUUCUGAAAAUCCCGUCUGCUGAACAAAGGAAAAAGGCCUUUUCCACUUGCUCCUCACACAUGAUUGUGGUCUCCAUUUCUUAUGGGAGCUGCAUUUUCAUGUAUGUCAAAACUUCAGCAAAGGAAGGAGUGGCUUUGACAAAAGGUGUUGCAGUGCUCAAUACCUCUGUUGCCCCAAUGCUGAACCCUUUUAUUUACUCCCUAAGAAACCAGCAGGUAAAACAGUCUAUUAAGAAUGUGGUCCAAAAAUGUUUCUCAAAUACAGUUUAUUCAUAA